AGCAUGGCGAAUAUUGAUGACAGGAGGAUGAGAGAAGUUGUCAAAAAUAUCGUCUAGUUUUAGUGUUAUUGAUGAAUAAUGGAGGAUGGAAAUGGUCAGUUUCCACUCCACAUCCAAACUGGCGAUGGGGAAUAUAUAAUAAAAGAGGAGGAGGAUCUAUCCAGCCCAACUAGCCCUGACUACUACACUUCUCCUGAUGGGUCUUUCGACCGUGGCGUACGAUUGAAGCGCCGACGUCGAUGUGGACAAUGUGGUCCAUGUCAGGUGAAAGAGAAUUGCAACAAAUGUCACUUCUGUAUAAGAAGGGACGUACUAAAACAGACUUGCAUGUACCGUAAGUGUGUGUACCUACGGUCAAAGCCGAAGCCAUACUCUCGACCUAAGGAGACACCUCUGGCACCAUCAGCUGCAAGUGUUCUCUCCCCAAAUUCACAAGAGGUACACAGUGACUUAGCUACUCCUUCUGCUGCAGGACCUAACAGGUUCCUUGAUGGUCCCUCUCCACCCAACAGAAGUGAUGUUGCCAAGCCAAUUAUGCCUCCAAAAUUAUCUGAUCAUUUUCCUUAUCCUCUUGGACAAGGGUUCCCCUCAUUUGAGCCCAUCAUUCGACCUCAAGGCCCGUGUUCUGCCCCUCCAGCACCAGGACAUGCCCCCCAUAGGAUUCCCACCACUUCUCCGGCCAUUUCUACGUCAGUGAUAGGUCAACAUCCCAUGGUGGCGGGGGUGCCUGGCUUAGUGGACCAACCCUCCCUGUCUCAUAAUCACCAGAUAGUCAUGCCUCCUCCACCAACAAUAAAUGACUUCAAUGAAAGGACUUUUAGUGAAUUUAGGAGUCAACACAUGUUAGGCAUGUCUCAUAAUCAAGUCCACUCUACACCACAUCCAUUUGGUUUAAAGGAUCCAUCAGAACUAACAGAUGUACACUUCCCUCCAUAUGGCCGACCAGAUUCACAGAGGACUCCGGGUGGACCUUCAUCUUGUGUAUAUCCUCAUGGUAUAGCACCGCCCAUGUCAGCUGCUGGGUUUAACAGUUCAGUGGAUGGUACCUCUGUACUGGGUUCUCUGGACCGACAGACACGAGCGUUCUUUCCAUCACACAACACUGACAUGUUCCGACACUUUCCUCCUCUACCUCCAGGUUAUGCGUAUCCCUCGGGACGAUAUGGUCAGAAUUUCACUUCACCUCACUAUCCCAGAUUUGGUUCGAUGGGGAUGCCGCCACCACCACCUCCACCGCCCCCAAAUUUGGGCCUGAAGCCUCAGGGUGGUCACACCCAGCCCUGGGGCUUCACUCCAACCUAUUCCAGCUGUGAACAAUCUAAUGGGUGUCCAAAAAACGGGUGUUGUCCUCCUGUGUCCCAGAAUUUGGGUUCGGAUGCCCAAGUGAUGCAGGAGAUAUAUGGAAAUGUCCUAAGCUCUAGAGUACCUAACCCUUCACCAUUAGGUAUUGAUUGCUGCACCUCUCAGAGGAGGCCAGGGUCAGCAAUGAGUGAUGAUUCUGGCAGGAUGAGUAUGGCAUCAUCAGAUUUCGAACCUGAUAUCAUCAGUAUUGAUGAUUGUCAGAUGAAUGCUUUAAUUCGUUCUGAUGGAAGCAACAGUCUACAAAUUGAGAUUGGAAGUUCGGGUCUACGAAACAGGCAUGAUAACCCUAUUAGAAAGAGCAAAACCAACAAAUUCAACAUGGACACGAUUCUUGCACCAUCUUUACAAAAUCUUACCUCUCCUCGCGAUGGAUGUGAAAAAGUGGAAGACACUAUGGUCAACAGGAAAUGCACGAUUAAUGGGACUGUGUAUUUGAAGCAGGACCUUGGGGAUGGUGGGGUGGUUCAUCUUGAGAUCCCAGGUAACAAGGUCACCUUGGAGGACAGUUACCUUGACGACAAGUUGGCAAGCUACUCAAGUAACCUCCGAGAACUGCUGGAAUUUAUUAGAAAGGAACCACAGACAGAAUUGUUAAGAGAUAAUUAAACUAAUAGUUCAUUGUGGUAUAGAUUUAUGUAAUGAAAUUAGAAUUGUUUAAAAAUUCAUAUACAAUCAGAAAUGUGAAACAUAUUUCAAUAACUUACAACCAGGUACGUACAUGUUUAUCAUUUAUACAAACAGAUUUUUUCGCAGUGCAAAACCCAAAGUUUUCUUUCCAAGUGCCAGGAUAUACACAAUUUCGCUUAAAUGGUACUGCAUUUUCAGUAGGUUUUUAAUGAAAAAUUUUCUGUCCAUUAUAUUUUUGUUUAAAAUUUGGUUAUUUGACCCUGAUUUGGUCUCCACUCACCAUCCCACUCUGAACCUGAUUUAGUUUCCACUCGCCACCCCAAUCUCUGACUCAGUUUUGUUCCCUAUUCUCCACCCCACUCUGUUUGACCCAGAUUUGGUCCCUAUUCUCCACCCUACAGUCUGUUUGACCCAGAUUUGGUCCCUAUUCUCCGGGGG